UGCUUAAUCUAAAUCCCAUACAUUAGGAUUUGCUCCCUAGAACUACAUGGAGUAAAAUAAUGAGAUUGCUUUACAAAACAACAUUUCAAUUUUGAAUUAGGCCCAACUUGUGUGUGAGGUUUUCUUUUUUUAGGGGAUGUUUUAAAUAAAUACCAAACAUACAGCUGCAAUCAUUAAAAAGAAAAUAAAUGAGGGGGGCCUUGGAUGUGGUAAUCCUCCUGCCUUAGCUUAAAACAUUUCAGUUUGAUCGAGUAAAAAAAAGAAAAAAAAGAGAAAAACACACACACAAAUCAUUUAGAGUGAAAGACUGAACAAUGAAAGGAGAAAUAGGCAACUUUGUGAAGGUAUGGUUAUCCGUAGUGGCAUCACUCUGCUACUCUCAUAUGAUCGGAAAGAGUAUCAAACAAGGCGCAACCAGGCUCUUGGCUAUCCUCCCUGUCAUAGUCCUCUUCCUAGCUUUGCCUCUCAAUCUCACCUCCAUUUUUCUUGGAGGGCCGACUGCUUUCUUCGUCGCAUGGCUCGCCACAUUCAAACUCCUCCUCUUUGCCUACGGUAAAGGCCCUCUUUCCUCCUACCCACCUCUCCCUUUGCCACAUUUCAUCUCCUUAGCUUGCUUCCCCAUCAAAAUCCAAAACGACCCUACUCAAAAUUGCUCCAAAUCACCACUCAAUUAUGCUGUAAAGCUUCUAAUCUACUCCACUAACUUACUAGUCUACCAGAACAGACACUCCCUUCACCCUAAAGUUUUCAUGUUCUUAUUCUCCGUAUACACCUACAUUAUCUUCGAACUCAUCCUAGCCUUAGUGGCAGCCCUGGUUCGAGUUUCGCUAGGAGUUGAGCUGGAGCCACAGUUCAAUGAGCCGUACCUCUCCACAUCGCUACAGGACUUUUGGGGAAGAAGGUGGAAUCUCAUGGCAAGCAACAUCCUACGGCCCACAGUUUACGAUCCCGUUCGAGCCGUUUCUAGCCGUUGGAUUGGGACAAAGUGGGUUGCCCUGCCAGCUGUAAUUACAGCAUUUUUUGUAUCUGGAAUGAUGCACGAGUUGAUAUUUUAUUACUUGGGACGAAAGAGACCCACGUGGGACCUCACUUGUUUCUUUCUACUCCACGGCGUUUGUGUGUCCGUUGAAAUCGCCGUUAAGAAAGCCGUGAGGAGAAAAUGGCGGUUGCCGGCGUUAGUUUCAGGGAUAUUGGCAAUGGGGUUUGUGAUGGUUACUGGUAUGUGGCUAUUUUUGCCGGCGCUGAUGAGGUUCGAUGCGGAUGUGAGAGGGAAUAGAGAGUUAGUUUCGCUGAUUGAGUUUGUCAAAAAUAUUGGUACCACUUUUGGUUCGGGAAUCGGCAAAGUUAUUGAAUUUUUAUCUUUAAGUUUACGACUGUUACAAUCUACUUUAGGGGCUCUUGGUAUGAGUUAAUCUUUGCAAAAGGAAUGGUAAUCUUUAAAAUUAAGAUUCAUGUGUUUGGUAUGAGGUGUUUCUGUUUUUUAAACUCUAAAAUUGUAAGACGCUGAAAAUGAGAUUAUUCUAGGAGAAGCUAAUAUUAUAUCCU